AUGGAUGUCCAGACUGGCAGCCGGCAGAGGAGACCCAGUUACCACAGUGGAGUAUCAUGCGUUUUACGUCAAACGAUCAACAAGAAAGUGCUCGUAGUUCUUGUUCUGGCUAUCGCCUCCGUCUCCGCUGGCGUUAUGCCACAGGGUGCCCCAGUGCAUCCUCGUGACUUGCCCGCUGUCGCCCAGAUUGAGGGUCGCAUCACCAACGGAUUGACUGCCUCCGAGGGUCAGUUCCCCUACCAGGUGGCACUUAGCUUCAGCAGCUCCGGCGGUUGCUGGUUCUGUGGUGGUUUCAUCUUUGGCAACUCCUGGGUGCUGACUGCUGCCUUCUGUAACUCAGGGUAA